AUAAUAUUGAAGAAUCGAAUUGCCAUGCACUUACGCUUUGUGUAUAGAUUUUUCAAAUGAACCUUUCGUAUAGAUUCACAUAUUAUUAUAAUGAAAUAUAUUGUGAUUAAGUAUGAGUAUCCUUCUUACCAGCGAAGAAGGCUGGAUUAUAUCACACUUGCAAUAUCUCAACGAGAUAUAUAAGAGAGUCUUAAACGAUAGUGGAUUUUGCGCUUUGAUCUUUAAUAAAAUGAUAUUCGAGAUUAAUUCUCAGUAUUUGAGGCCAAAUCAAAUUGCGCAAACUGUUCAGGAUGAUGCUGUAUCGCAUAGUAAGAAAAAGAGGAAGCGUUCACAAUUAUUGCCAGAAAGAGACUUGGAAGAAGUCGAUAAUGUUAGACAAAAAUUCAAUGCAAUGAUAUCUACCGCAAAAAUCAGAGGACUCUUUAACAAGAAUGUGUCUUUGGAUAACAACAAAGCUGCACGCUUAGCAUCACAAAAAUUUUAUCAUGAUACCUAUUGUCUCAAAGAUGAGAAUCUUUAUGGAUCCAAUGAUACGAAUAAUGCUGUCAUAUCUGAGAUUCACAAUAAGAAAUAUGUAUUUCCAAAGAAAUGUACAUUUUAUUGCUAUGACGUAAAAGAUAUGGAAAAAAAGAUGGAACUGAACAAUCAGUAUGACUUUAUAUUAUUGGAUCCACCUUGGUGGAACAAGUCAAUCAGAAGAAAAAAAAUAAAAUGCGCUGAAGCUAGUUACAAAAUGAUGUACAAUGAAGAAUUAAUUAAGAUACCAAUAAGAAAAUUAUUACAUUCAAAUGGUAUUGUGGCUAUCUGGUGCACUAAUUCAUCUAAUCAUUUAAAUAGUAUCUUUAAUGAAAUAUUUCCGUCCUGGGGUAUUACUCAUAGAGCUAAAUGGUAUUGGAUCAAAGUAACACAAGCAGGCAAUACAAUAUGUAAUUUUAAUUCAGCGCCUGGAAAACAACCUUUUGAAUUACUGAUAUUAGGAUCUGCUUUAGAGGAAGACAAAAUGAAUAUCCCUGAUAGUAAGCUAAUGAUCAGUAUACCUAGUGCAGUGCAUUCUCAUAAACCACCUCUAACAGAAAUCAUAAAGGAAUAUCUUCCAAAUGAGCCAAAAUGUUUAGAAAUUUUUGCAAGAUAUCUAUUGCCUGGAUGGACGAGUUGGGGUCUGGAAAUUCUAAAGUUUCAACAUUUAUCACUUUAUGAAAUUCUGGAUGAAAGUAAAAAAGCUGAAAGUAAUGCUGACAAUGAAAAAAGCGAGAACUAGAGUAAAAAUUAAUUGUAAAGUAUAAGGAAAAACUAUUAUAAAUAUUAUAAAUAUGUAAAUUAUAAGAUAAAACUUGUAUGGAUCCUUUAUUAUAAAUUAUUUGCACAA